GCCUCACACGGCCCCCGACCAAACUGACCUACCCGGCUACCCCCCCGUCUCCCGCGAGUCCCGCCGCCGCUCUGCCUCCCCCUCUCAAACCCUCUCUAAAACCCUCGCCGCCGGCACACGCGCCCGCCCCACCCCCAUCGAAGCGAAACCCUAGAGAAGCAGCAGCGGCAGCAGUAUCCGGAGGAGGAGGAGGCGCUGCGGCCGUAGAGGAGAGGGGGAGAGGAUGGGUAUCUUCGAGCCGUUCCGCGCGAUCGGGUACAUCACUGCGGGCGGUGUGCCGUUCUCCGUGCAGCGCCUCGGCACCGAGACCUUCGUCACCGUCAGCGUCGGCAAGGCCUUCCACGUCUACAACUGUGCUAAGCUGAAUUUGGUUCUUUCUGGACCCCAACUUCCCAAGAAGAUCCGUGCUCUUGCAUCCUACAAGGAUUAUACGUUUGCUGCAUUUGGAAGUGCUAUUGCAGUUUUCAAAAGGACUGAUCAGGUGGUUACUUGGAGUAGACAUGAAGAAAAGGUCAGCAUGCUAUACCUCUUCGGAGAAUACAUUCUAAGUGCAGAUAUUAAAGGCAAUAUAUUCAUCUGGGCCUUCAGAGGAGCAGAACCAAACAGUGAGCCUGUUGGAAGUAUAUCAUUGGGAGACAACUUUACUCCAACCUGUAUCAUGCAUCCUGAUACUUAUCUGAACAAGGUAAUCAUUGGUAGUGAAGAAGGCCCCUUGCAGCUGUGGAAUAUCAGCACAAAGGAAAAAAUAUAUGAAUUCAAGGGUUGGAGCUCGUCAGUUUGUUGUUGCGUCUCUUCUCCUGCUCUGGAUGUAGUCGCUGUUGGAUGCUCUGAUGGGACAGUUUAUGUUCAUAAUAUACGAUAUGAUGAAAAGUUGAUGUCUUUCAACCAUCAAAUUCGUGGUGCUGUGACUGCACUGUCAUUUCGAACAGAUGGGCAACCGCUUCUAGCCUCUGGAGGUUCUUCAGGUGUUAUUAGCAUAUGGAAUCUUGAGAAGAGACGGCUGCAUUCUGUAAUUAGGGACGCUCAUGAUGGUUCUAUAAUUUCACUUCAUUUUUUUGCCAAUGAACCUAUUCUGAUGAGCUCAGCUGCUGAUAAUUCAAUUAAAAUGUGGAUAUUCGACAGUAACGACGGAGAUGCUCGUCUGUUACGAUUUCGAAGUGGACACAGUGCUCCACCUCGAUGCAUAAGAUUCUAUGGCAAUGGGAAAUGCAUCUUAUCUGCUGGUCAAGAUCGUGCCUUUCGACUUUUCUCAGUUAUCCAGGAUCAACAAAGCAGAGAGCUUUCGCAGCGGCAUGUGUCAAAAAGAGCAAAAAGGCUUAGAGUAAAGGAGGAAGAGAUCAAGCUAAAACCAGUUAUUACGUUUGAUUGCGCUGACAUACGUGCACGUGAUUGGUGUAAUGUUGUUACAUGCCACACGGAUACUCCACAGGCAUAUGUAUGGCGUCUUCAGAACUUUGUUAUUGGUGAACAUAUUCUGACACCAUCAUCAGUCACCAAAACACCAAUUAAGGCUUGUGUGAUAAGUGCAUGUGGCAAUUUUACCAUCUUGGGCACUGAAGGUGGCUGGAUUGAAAAGUUUAAUCUUCAAUCAGGGAUUAGUCGUGGUAGUUACAUCGACACUUUGUUGCCUACGCAAUGUGCACAUGAUGGAGAAGUUGUUGGAUUAGCGUGUGAUGCUACAAAUGGAUCUCUGAUUAGUGCUGGAUAUCAUGGUGAUGUUAAGGUAUGGGAUUUUAGAAGUUGCAAGCUAAAAUCCAGAUUGGAUGUUGGUAAAUCUGUCACCAAGAUUUCAUAUCACCGGGCAAAUGGUCUUCUUGCUACUGUAGCAGAUGACAUGGUACUUCUAUUAUUUGAUACAGUGGCCAUGAAAAUGGUUCGUAGAUUUGAAGGCCAUACAGACCGUGUCACUGAUUUAUGUUUCAGCGAGGAUGGAAAAUGGCUUAUCUCCUCUAGCAUGGAUGGGUCUCUUAGAAUAUGGGACAUCAGUUUAGCAAAACAGAUAGAUGCAAUGCAUGUUGAUGUAUCUAUAACAUCUCUCUCAAUGUCUCCUAAUAUGGAUGUAUUGGCAACCACUCAUGUCGAUCAAAAUGGUGUGUAUCUCUGGGUCAAUCAAGCUUUAUUCUCAGCCUCAACAAAUGUUGAUAAUUGUGCAAGUGGUAAGCAUGUUCGGAAUGUGCGUUUGCCAACUGUUUCAUCAACAGAAAUAUCCGAGGAAGAACAAGUUCAUAAUUCAGGAGAUUCAAAUCAGUCUACUAUUAAACCUUUUGUCAUAACGAAUCAUCAAAUCCCCAAUCUGAUCACCCUCUCUUUGCUUCCAAGGAGUCAAUGGCAAAGUUUGACAAAUCUUGACAUUAUAAAGGUUCGAAAUAAACCAAUUGAGCCACCUAAGAAACCUGAGAAGGCACCUUUUUUCUUGCCUUCAGUCCCCUCUCUUUCUGGAGAGAUAUUGUUUGAGCCCCCUGCCAGCAGUAAAGAAACAGACAGCAGUACCACUGAGAACACAAACCAUAAGAAGAUGGCUGAUCUCUCCUCUCAUUUCAGUCGGCUGUUACAAUCCUGUGGAGAAACAAAGAACUAUUCGGCUUUUACUGAUUAUCUGAAAGACUUGUCACCGUCAUCUUUAGAUAUGGAACUACGAAUGCUACAAAUAAUAGAUGAUGACGAGUUGAAAAAUCUGGAGCAGAGACCUGAGCUCCAGUCCAUUUCAUUGCUGUUGGAUUACUUCAUUCAGGAGCUUUCCUGCAGGAAUAACUUUGAGUUUGUCCAGGCUGUUCUGAAAUUAUUUUUGAAGAUACACGGUGAAACAAUAAGGCGUCACUCAGUGCUUCAGGGUCAAGUGAAGAAGCUUCUAGAUAUCCAGAGCUUUGUUUGGCAGAAAAUAGAUAAGAUAUUUCAGAGUGCACGAUGCAUGGUCACAUUCCUCAGCAACUCUCAAUUUUAGUAGCUGGUGACUGCUUGUCAUUCGACUUGUCAAAUGGGUUAACUUCAUUUACUGACAGAUUAAACAUUCACUCCCUUUUGGCACAAGAUUUAUUAUGCUAUAUUAGUUGGAGUUAAAAUAUUUUCAGAGCUCAAUUCAAGCAAUACUGUAGUCAUCUAGUUGA